AUGGCUCUUGCUCGAUCUGGCCAUCAAUCCGUACGCCUGCUUCACACCAUUUCGCCUCUCCGCAAGACUCUCCUCGGCACAAGCGCCCUUGUUGCCACUGCAGCCGUCCUCUCCUCGAACGGCAACUUGCCUACGCAGCUUUCGAGUGCUGCUGCUCCCUUUGUACAACCGAUUGCCUCCUCGUUCCGCUCCUUCUCGUCUUCUAUCCCUGCCGCUUUCAAGAUGGGCUCCACUGCUUCGUCUCAGGCCGCUCCCGAGUCGUUCCCCAAGGGCAUGUCGAACUCCGAGUGGCGCACCAAGCUCAACUCGGAGCAGUUCCGCAUUCUGCGCGAAAAGGGCACCGAGAUGGCUGGAACAGGCAAGUACAACAAGCACUAUCCCAAGGACGGCGUGUACACCUGCGCGGGCUGCGACUCGCCCCUGUACAAGGCCACGACCAAGUUCGACUCGGGCUGUGGAUGGCCCGCCUUCUUCGACGCCAUUCCGGGCGCCAUCGAUCGCCACGUCGACAGCAGCUGGGGCAUGGAGAGAAUCGAGAUCACUUGCAAGUCCUGUGGUGGUCACCUCGGCCACGUGUUCAAAGGCGAGGGGUUCAACACGCCCACCAACGAGCGUCACUGCGUAAACAGCGUCUCGAUCAACUUUGACAAGGAUGAUGCCAAGAUCUAG